CUCUCUUGGAAGUUUUAAUUUUGAAAGUAAAAUUUCUAAAAUAUAUUCAUUGAGCACCAUCUUUAUUCUCAACUCAAUAAUACAAUGGUGUCUUUUGGUAAAUUUCGAAACAUUUAAAUUUUUAAUUGAUACAUGGCUGAUAUUUGGAGCUUAUUUAACAUUUCUGUUAAUUAUCAUUAUAAUUGCGGUAUUUGAUUGUAUGGGCAACAUUUUACCAGCUGGAGUGGAAUGGAUAUUUACCAUUUUAUUGGUUGAAAUUCUGGUUAUUGCUUUAAGCGUAGUAGUCAAUCAUGUGAAUCCUAUAGUGCUGUAUAUUUCCAUAGCCGCCAUUUUAAUAAGUAUGGUAGUGAUCAUUUGUCUUGGAGCUAAAAUUAAUGUGGAUCAUUUACCCAUAUACGUUUUAAUUGUUUUCAGUGCCAAUGUAUUAUUAAUCAUAUUAAUUUUCGUUUUAAUUUUUAUUGCUAAAUUUUUGGAAAAAUUCUAUACAAUUACAUUUAUUGCCGUAGCCACAUGUGUCUAUCCCAUUCUAAUUAUGAAUACUUUAUAUGUUUCUUUACUGAUUUAUCAUGAUCGUUAUGAAAUUAAAAAAUUAACAGAUUGUUUAAAACCUUCUCUAUAUAUUUAUGGUAUCUUUGGAACAUUUGUAUGGUUUUCUUUGAACUUGGGUAUUGAAAUAGGUGAAAUAUUGUAGAGGCUUAAUAAUUUGAAAUUGAUAUUGUUAAAUAAAUAUGGUCUUAAU